AUGGCGAGUGUUGAAACAGGGCGGAGGGAUUCUUCGAAACCGGUCGGAUUAAUCCAACUUUUCCGACAGUUUAUGUGCAGAACUAGAUGGACUGGCCAAAUAGCACCAGUUGAACCGUUUCAAAUUUACUCACCCUCUUUGCUGAGUCCAACCAUGAAUGGUCAGCCAGAAAUCUUAUCAAAUAGAGUGAGAAUUCUGAGCAUCUCAUCGUUGCUUGGGAUUGCACCAACUCCUUUGUUUACUUCGUCCAAAGCCAGUGAAGAUUUUACUAGUCUGCUAGAACCAGAAUAUGAAUUUACAGUGUCAAAGUAUUCUGAUCUUGCAUUGCUCCUGCCAUGGUCAAGUCAGCUGUACAGUCUUACACUUGUAGGAUCUGAGCUAGUAGAAUAUUUACCUGACGCAUUCUCAGCUCUUCAAGAGUUCACUAUAAUUAAUUGUCAUAAUUUCAAAUAUCCAUGUAGUGAGCGGUGCUCAAACUUUUUAAGUACUCUUCAUAUUCAUGGUUGUCCAAACGUGGAAUUUCCUGUUCAUAAUUUUGCGUUGCUGCAGAAGUUGACAAUAGAUAGGAGCUGUAAUUCUCUUACCUGUUUGUCUGCAGACUUGUUUCCUAGGCUUAAGUGUCUCUAUCUAUACAAUUGUCCCAGUCUAGUAUCUAUCUCUGUUUCUAGGUUUCCAGUGUUCCUCUCUGCACUUGAAUCUUUGCAUAUUCAUGAGUGUCCCAAUCUAAUGUCAUUUUCCACUGUGCUGUUAACUCCAAAAUUGUCUUCACUUUGGUUUAUCAAUUGCCAAAGUCUCCAUAAAUUGCCAAACUUCAUGAAUUUUCUCACUCAUCGUGUGCAGUUAAGGUUACAGAAAUGUCCAAACCUUGAGUUUUUCCCUGCCCACAGUAGUUUGCUUUCCAGUGUUGAUUCACUUUCCAUUGUUUCAUGCGAUAAACUUACACCCACAAAAGAAUGGAGAUUACACAGUCUUCAUGCUCUAGUUGACCUUGAGAUUAUAGGUGGAUGCAUUGGUCUAGAGUCAUUUCCUGAUGAAGGGUUAUUGCCCAGUAGUCUUGAACGUCUGUGCUUAAGUUCUUUGGUAGAUAUAAAAAUUCUGGACUACAAGGGGCUUCAACACCUAACUAAUCUGAAAAAUCUUGAAAUUGAUAGAUGUAGCAAGCUCCAAACUUUCAAGGGUCUGCCUUCUUCCCUAAAUUCUCUUCACAUCAAUGAAUGCCCUGUACUGAAGGCUAAACUCUCAACAAAGAAAGACAAAUAUUGGUGCAUCCCUGAAGUAACAAUCGAUGGCGAAGAAGUCUCAACUUGUGAGACAUCAGAUAUUGAUACAUAG